AUGUAUUCUCCUAUAUCAGCGUUCGCGAUGUAUAAAGCUACCAUGCAAUCUACACCAAAACGAGACAAAAAGAAAAAGAAAAAAGUAUCUUUAUCACCAAAACAUACGUCUCCUAAUUUAAAAGAAAACGUUAUGAUAAAGAUCGCUCAAAAAGUGAAACGAAAACAAAAAAAGGUAAAGGAGCCCAAAAAUAUUAUAAAGAAGAAAACUCACAAGAAAAAGAAAUUAAAAAUUAACAAUAAAAAGGAUGACGGUUUAAAUCAUGCAAAAAUUUUAGAUGAAGAUGAUUACGAGGCUACUGAAAGCGAGGAAAUUCCGGCGCUAAUUCCAGCCCCGCUAUCUAAUACAGAUUGUAACAACAUUACUUAUGAGAAUGAGUCCUGUUCACACUCAAGCAAUGGUAGUUUUGACUUCACUCCAGUUGUAACAGACAGUUGUGAAGAAGCCCUAAAGGUGUUCAAGUGGAUGAUAGCUCCUUAUAACAUCAAUGACUUCUUUAAGUGUAUCUGGGAAAAGAAACCCUUACAUAUUGCUAGAAAUAAGCCUAAAUACUACAGUGAUAUUAUUUCUACACCAGUGAUUGAUAAAAUGUUACGCACUGAGAAUAUACAGUUCACCAAAAAUAUCGACAUUACAUCUUAUGUUGAUGGAAAAAGAGAAACGCACAAUCCUGAAGGAAGAGCUCAUCCCCACUUGGUGUGGGAUUUCUAUUUAAAUGGUUGUAGUAUUAGAUUAUUAAACCCCCAAACAUAUAUAUCAAAAUUACACCUCCUAAAUGCUACCUUACAAGAAUAUUUCAAUUCCUUUGUUGGUGCAAAUGCUUACUUAACACCUCCAGAUAGUCAGGGAUUUGCUCCGCAUUAUGAUGAUAUUGAAGCCUUUAUUUUGCAAGCUGAAGGCAAAAAACAUUGGCGUAUAUACAAGCCUCGAGAGGAAAAUGAGGUAUUACCCAGAGUGUCAUCAAAGAACUUUUCAGAAGAUGAAAUAGGACAACCAAUAUUAGAAGUAACAUUGCAAGCUGGAGACAUGCUGUAUUUUCCACGGGGAUAUAUUCAUCAAGGUGUAACAAUUGAUGGGGAACAUUCUCUUCAUGUCACUGUUAGUAUGUAUCAGAAGCACUCUUGGGCGGACCUAUUUGAAAAGAUGGUUCCUGCUGCCUUACAAAUUGCAAUUAAUGAAAAUACCGAAUUUAGACAAGGCCUACCAUUUGAUAUCUAUGACAAUUUCGGAGUAGUCCAUUCAGAUGCGAGUACACCAAGGAAAGUAGAGAUUGAAGAAAUUAUAAAAAAUCUCUUCUAUAAAGUCAAAAACCACCUGCCUAUAGAUGAAGCUGUUGAUCAGAUGAGUAAAAAUUAUCAACACGAUGCCCUACCUCCGGUUCUGAGUGACUUGGAGAAAGCAUGUACAGUAUAUGGCGACACAGAUGUGAUGGUUGAAAAUGGUAAAGUUACAAAUAGAGUAGAAAUAAGCCUGGACACAAGAAUAAGAUUAUUAAGAAAAAAUAUAAUAAGAAUGGUAGCAGAAGAGUCUAUAAGGCUGUAUUAUUAUGCUGAGAAUUCUUUAGAGUAUCAUGGAAAUGAGUUAACAUUCCUUGAAAUUGAAGAGGAAUUGGCACCUGCUAUCGAAACACUGAUCACUUCUUAUCCAGAAUAUGUUACUGUUGAGAACCUAGAAGCACCCAAUGAUACUGAUAAAAUACAAAUAGCUGAUGCUCUGUGGGGUAGGGGCUUAAUUAUGACUGAAUAUCCUUUAGAAACUGUGUUCGAUUAA